UGGUUACUUCAAACCCCCUCCUGGUUUAAACCUCGUUUGUGAAUCGGGCCUGAGGGUCUGAGGUGAGGUACCAGGCCGGUGUAACGGCAGAUUUAGUCCUGGCAGAUACUAGGCACAGUAUCAGCCUGGACCAUCCAUAUAAACGUAGUCAAACUGAACCAAAUCUGCAUACAUCAAAACGCGGCAAACCCGGCAGAUAUACGGUUCCAAGUAUGAACGAUAUUCGCCGUAGAACGAUAUGCGCCGGCGGAUGAAACCCGUCGCUACACCAGCGCACAGGUCAAAGGUUGUUGGUAUCAGCAACAAAUGACGCGAAGUCGAAGAAUGUGGGCAAAGAGAAAAGUUUGAUAGUCUACUUUGUUUCCCCAAACAAUAUGAAUGAGCAGCCAAAAGUUUCAAAGCGGAUUACGCGUGAACUGGAGAGAUAUUUAAACAGAGAGAGGGUUCAACAUAGAUUUGACCCAUCUGGGCAAGGACUAGCCAGGACACAUCCACUGGUGGUAAACUUGGAGUUGGCUUAUUUGAUUGCCAGUGAGGAUGAAAAGCAGAAAGAAAGAGAGAAGCGUGGAGCAGAAUCACCUCGAGAUGAGGGGAAGAAAAACAAGAUUUUAUUGGAACAAGAUGCGAUGCCAAGGAUCAAGUCACUCCCAAAGAAAAAAAUUAGAGUUCAAGCAUCUGAGAUAGAGAGACUAGCCAAAAAUGCUCAAUCUACUUUGAAAAGCAUUGAUGCAGACAAGAUAAGUACAGUCUAUCGCUUCAGGCAACAAAUGAUUCCAUAUGAAGUUAGACAUCAGGGCAAAGUGAAGCAGAUCUCCACGAAUGUCCAUGCCAUGUUGAAUGCAGAAGAAGCAUGGAGGUAUAGGAAAGAAAAUGAUGAAAGAGAAAAAGUAAAGAAAUAUCGAGAGCAGCAGAAAGCUAAGGCAAAGGAGAAGGUUGCUCAGGAGGCUAAGGAGAGGGAAAUGGCAAAGCUACCACCAGGAAUCAGGAUGGAGAUAAAGCGCCAGCAGGAGAAGCAAAGUAAAACUGCUGUACUUGAAAAACUCCUUGAGCCUGAUCGAAGCAAAACAAGUUCACCUCGGUGCAGCGCUCCCAUAGAAUCUGAGGAUGGCUUUGCUGAUGCAGAGGAAAGCCUGUACGAGGAUGAUUUUGAAGAGGAGGAAGAGGGUGCAGAUGAUGAGAGGGUAGAAUGCUCCUCUGGAAAAGAACUUGAGAUGGUUGAUGGAGAUGACAUGACGAGUGAAGAUACUAUCAGUAGGAAAACAGAUGGCACCGAAUAUGAAGCCCCCAUUGCUGCUGUCACUACGGCCAACGAUGCAGGAAGUGUUUCCUCAUUUCCAUCUACCACCUUGACCUCGGCCACCUCUAGACCACAGAGCAAAAGAUCAACCCACCAGGAUCAAGAAGCAGCCGAAGCAUAUGAGGACGACAGCUUCGAGAGCGAUAACGACGAUGCGGAUGAUCAGAGCGUGUUCAUGACAGAUGUCAACCCAGGCAGUAUUACUGGAAGUAGAAACAGUUCAAGAGCUCCAUCACCUACAAAGUCAUCAGGUAGGCUGCACAAGGAGGACAUUACUGUCACUGAAGAGAAAAGCACCUCAGAAUCAAGCUGGAAGCAUGGUCACCAGGACCAUAUCGGAGGUCAGAGAGGCGAUAACCCUGGGUCAGGAGAUGUGAAGCGGCUGGCCAAUCAGCUUGCUCGAGCUGUUGUUAGGAAUACGGCUGAAGAGGAAGGUGUGUCCUACUCAUCCAUGUCUUCAAUCCAGACUGAUAGGUCAAAGGUCAAAGUUGUAGAUGUUGAACAGGCUGAAGAUGAACAAAGAAAUAGGCAGAUGACCCAAGAGUACACCAGAACGGAAAGCGUUGUCUCGUUGAGUGAUAGAGUGAAGAUGGACCUAGCGAAGGAAAGAGAUACUUGAAACAUAUUUAAAGUCACACUCGGGUUGAAGAUACUUAGUCACCCAUUGAGUGAUGGUUCUGAUGGAUAUCUGGGCCUAGUGACACAAAUGUUAGCAAUUACAUCAUUGCAUGUGCCUUUUCCUCAGUAGACUGAGGAACCAGUCAGAAAUGUUCUUUCAAAUAAGCAAUUAAUCGCUAUCCUUUGUGUUACGGGGCCCUGAGCAACAAAGAGCUAAAGAUGUUGAUAUUGUUACAAAUAUAGGCUGAACAUUUUGUCAAAGAUUAAAAGCUCAAGGUCAAAACUGGUUGCUGUUUACAU